AACCUGAUCUAAAAUGUUUUAUUCAAAGUUGAAAAAAUUACAAUAGUACUUAUGUUUCCAUUCCUGAUUUAUAUUGUUAUUGUUGAUUUUUAGUGUUACCAAUUUGAUUUUUUUCUCUUUUGUAUAAGAAUUCGUACCUGUAUGUGAAUAAUAAACCAAUUGAUAAAACAAAAUUACGCAGUGCGCAGAUCCAUUAGUUUUGUUUCUUGCAAUCAGCUGUGACGUAUGUAAAGACCAUUGUGUCUUCAAUGAAAGAAAGCAAAGUUUUCCAACACAAAUUUUAAAACUUAAUAAAAUGUUGUACCGAUGUGCAGUAAGAAAUUGUAAUAAUAACAAUAAGAUAAAACCAUGCGCAAUAAGUUUCUUUAGCUUUCCAUCGGAUCCUAAAUUAUUAAAGCAAUGGAGAAGUUUUUGUGGUUGCGGCAAAGACAUGAAUCCAAAGACCUCACAAAUAUGUAUGGAACAUUUCAAAUCGGAAGAUUUCGAAAAUGAAUUACAAUUUAAAUUGGGUUUUACCAAAAGACGCAUAUUGAAGUGUGGUGUAGUGCCUAGUGUACGAAAAUUAUCGACGGAGGAAAAAGAACGUGAUAAGCGUAGACAAAAGCGUGAAAACAAAAAAAUUGUAGAAAUGCUUAUUAAAGAACAUGAUGAGAAAUCUGUUGCGCUUAAAGAAGCUGAAAAAAAUCAACAAUCAGAACAGGCAAUGAAAACUGAAAUUGUAGUGGAACCUGAAUUUAAUCCAGUAUCUGAUCUGCUUUCCAUACCGCAGAAGGUAUUCUCUUUAAAUAAUAAUAAUAAUAAUGAUAUGGACUCUUAUAAAAUGGAAAUAGAACGACUGCGUAUAGAAAACCUAAUUCUAAAUGAAAACUCAAAAAAGCAAACGGCUGAAUUAAAUGCUUUAAUGAAGAAAAGAGAGUUGGAAAACAAAACUUAUGUGAAAAAUCUAAAAAGUUUAGAAACGAAAUUAUUGAAAGCUAAUUACGAAUUAAAAAAUUUGGAAGAAAAGCUUUUAGGUAUUUUUACUAAACGUCAAAUUGCAAAAUUGAAAGUAGGCGACAAGCGUAUUGUUUGGUCCAAAGAGGAUCUAUCCCAAGGUCUUGUGUUAUAUGAAACGAGUCCUAAAUUUUAUAAGCUGUUGUAUAGAAAAAAUUUUCCUUUGCCUUCCGUACGCACUCUACAAGUAUGGCGUCGAAAGUUUCAAGACAUUGAAAUAAAUCGCGUUAUAGAAAAUGAAGACGCGAAUGAUCUAGAAAGAGAAAUAAAUGAAAAUCUUCAGAAACAAAUAGAACAAGAUUUAGAACAACAAAUUAAAAUGGAAAUUGAAAUUGAUGAAAUUAAUUAGUAAAAUAAAUAUUUUACCAAAUAACUUUUUACACUGUA